UUCCGCCGCUGCCUGGCUCUUCCAGCCGUGGCCGCGUCGUGGUUCGUGUCUCUGCACCAUGUCCGGUGGCCUCCUGAAGGCGCUGCGCAGCGACUCCUACGUGGAGCUCAGCGAGUACCGGGACCAGCACUUCCGGGGUGACAAUGAAGAACAAGAAAAAUUACUGAAGAAAAGCUGUACGCUAUAUGUUGGAAAUCUCUCCUUUUAUACAACUGAAGAGCAGAUUUAUGAGCUCUUCAGCAAGAGUGGUGAUAUAAAGAAGAUCAUCAUGGGUCUGGACAAGAUGAAGAAAACGGCCUGUGGCUUCUGUUUUGUGGAAUACUACUCGAGAGCAGACGCGGAGAAUGCUAUGCGGUACAUAAACGGAACCCGUCUGGAUGACCGGAUCAUACGCACAGACUGGGACGCAGGCUUUAAGGAGGGCAGGCAGUACGGACGUGGUCGGUCUGGGGGUCAGGUUCGAGAUGAGUAUCGGGAUGACUACGAUGCUGGGAGAGGCGGCUAUGGCAAGCUGGCACAAAAACAAUUUCUUUAAAAAAAAGACCUAGUGAUUGGAUCAUCAAAAAAUUGAAAUGAACAUUUGAGUAAACCUGUAAACUCCUCUACAGAGGGCCUGACUUUCAGGAUAGUUAAGCAAGUGUGCUCACGCUACAGCCAGUUAAGUCACCAAACUGGAAUAUGAAUUCUAGCUCUCUUAGAUUUGUAUACUUCAGACACUGUACUUGUUAUAAAAAUUAUUUCCAGGUCUGGGGAUAUGGCUUACUUAGUAAAGUAUUUGCCUCUAAUCCGCAAAGCCCUGGAUUCGAUCCCCAGCAUACAUAAAGGAGAUGCUGUGCUCACACUGGGAAUCCCAGCAGUCUGAGGCAGAGGCAGAGGCAGAGGCAGAGAAUCGGCAUUCAGUUCAACCUCAGCUAGGCAGGAAUUCCAGGCCAGCUUGGAAUGUCUAAAUAAAGUAAUAAAUCUUAUUUCCAUCAA